GCUUUAAGAAAGGUGAGUAGUUGAGUGCGGCGCGAUGUUUAUGUUUGCCCAGCAUCCAUUGCACCCGUCUCAGUUAUUUUACAAAUCGUCCUAUUCGUUGGCAUUUGUCAACAUAAAGCCGGUGGUGCCUGGCCACGUUCUGGUUAUUCCGAAGAGACGAGUUAGGAGGUUUUACGAGCUGACGAAGGACGAGCUGUUUGACUUCUCACUCUCCUGUCAGAGAGUAGCAAAGGCGCUGGAGGAAUACUAUGGCGUUAGAUCUAUGUCGCUGGUGAUCCAGGAUGGCGUCGAUGCAGGCCAAACGGUAGACCAUUUGCAUAUGCACAUCAUGCCACGAAGGCCGAACGAUUUCAAAAAGAAUGACGAUUUGUAUGUUGAAUUGGAGAGAAUAGAUGCAGACAAUAGAGAGCAGAGAUCGAAGGAAUCGAUGGAAAAAGAGGCAAUGGAGUAUAGGCCAUUGUUUGAAGAGGGGGGUUUAUUGGCGUGGUACGAUGAUCUUAUCGUCCGAAGACCAUAUCCGGCACAGAUACUCGUCAAUGGGCCACUAUGGGGGAUAGGUGAUCUGACUUGCCAGAAAUUGGAGGGCGUGGAAAAAAUUGAUUGGAUGCGUACGGCAAGAUUCGCAAUUUAUGGCUACGUCAUUGCCGGACCUCUGUAUGCGUGGUGGUAUGGAUAUAUCGAAAAAAGAUGGACCCACUUAAAGUUAAAUGGGUAUCUGUAUAGAUACAUGGCAGCGAAAAUUAUUUAUGAUCAGUUACUCUUCGAGCCACCUUAUCUUUUGCAGUUCUUCACCACCAUGGGACUCAUGCAAGGACAUGAACUCUCGGAAAUAAAGAGCGCCAUAAAAAAAAGUUACCUCACCACCUUCUGUGCCGAUACUGCUAUCUGGCCUGCGAUCCAAGCCAUCAAUUUCGCCUUUGUACCUGUCCGAUUCCAGGCUCUCUACGUCAACGUCAUCUCAAUGGGAUGGGCCGGGUUCUUGUCCUGGGUAGUCAAUUAAAAGCCAAUAUAUUCAACAUCCAAGUUUACUCUCACCAAAAUUCCACCACAUACACAUUAUAUGUCAUGUUAUGUCGAUGGCCAUAUACGUGCCCUAUUGUGCACAUGUUGUUACAUAGUAUACCAUUGUUGUGCAUUGUGCUAUAGGUGCAUAUAUAUAUUCGGCUCCGUAUAUGUGUACACGGUUGUGCAUAUAUGCUAUUACACACACGUCGGAUUGUGUCCAUACACUGUUGUAUAAGUACACAUCACAUGCAUUGCAACAUAGGACAAUGCGUGAUACGCACGCACAGGGUUUUCGUACGGAGCACGCAUUCUGCUCGCCGAAGCAGCUGCAGAAGAGCUUUUGCUCACCAGUGCUCGAGCAUUUCCAGUCUCGGUGACGGGAAAUGCUUUCUCUGAUCGCGAAUGUCGUAUGUUAUUUGCCAAAACCUUCGACAGUUGAUGCAGAGAUCAUGCAAAUGAAGGACUUCACCACGUCAAACCCUUCUUCUGGACAAUUGCCCGAACCAGGCAAAUGGGUGGUACCAUCUCAAAUGAGCGUGGUCGAUAUGCGUACUCGAUUUCCCCUUCGUGAACGCUCCAAGCGAGUGCCCUUGUCAAACAAGCAAAACUGUUGUCCGCGGCGAAAAAAAA